UUUGGGUUCAGGAACGAUGAAUUUUCACAGAUUGUUCAGUACGCUCUGGACGAUCCAUCGCGUUAGAUCGGAAACCGUUCUCGGAGGAGAAUAGCCCCACGGUUCCGGUAAAACCACCAAGUUAAAUUCUCACACGAAUAAAAUUGAAACUUUGGGGAUAAAAUUAUUUUAGUGUGUUGUGAUCUUGUCUAGUUUAAGUGAAUAUAUAGCACGAAGAAGGGGGUAUUUUUGCGACCCUUUUUCACCUUCUGAGUCACCCAGAGGAUUUUUUCAGCUGAACAGAGCCCUACAAGGGGCAAGACAGGGAGCCACUAUGGGCAUCCCAUACAGGCGGCUCGUGACAAUUGCAACGAUUUUAUUUUGUGUGGUUGGAACCAGAGCGGACUCGCGCAGACGCUACAUAAAUCAAAGACAAUUCUGGAAUGAUCCGAGCAGCGGAGGAGUGGGUCUCUUCAGACGACCAGACUACUAUAGAUCGACACCGGAACCUGUUCAACCGGAAGUAGACCCAAGUUAUGACAUCAUUGACACUGCAAGUGGACGUCUACAUGGACCAAAGAGAAAUUGCACGAGUAGCGGAUGCUGUAUCCCCAAGUGUUUUGCAGAAAAAGGCAACAGAGGAUACCCCGGAGUACCUGGUGUACCCGGUCCCAAAGGUGUCCAGGGUUUUGCUGGGGCUGAAGGAUUGAUUGGGUCCAAAGGAAUGAAGGGUGAACCUGGCCCAUCGGGUCCACGAGGCCCAAAAGGUGAUCGAGGUGCUCAGGGUAGUCCUGGUUUUCCCGGUGCAGCCGGUUUUCCCGGACAUAAAGGAGAAGAUGGUCCCCCAGGUAUUCCAGGAAGAGACGGAUGCAAUGGAACAGACGGUCUGCCAGGUCUCCGUGGUCUCGACGGUGUCCCAGGACCUAGGGGUCUACCAGGUAUUCCUGGCUCAAAGGGAGACAAAGGUGAACCAGCUGAACUGAACAUUAACUACCUGAAAGGACAAAAGGGUGAAACUGGAUAUGAGGGCAGACCCGGUGACCCUGGUGAGACUGGACCACCUGGACCAAGAGGACCCGAUGGAGCACCAGGUAUGCCUGGUAUACCAGGAAGUAAAGGUUCAACUGGCCCGAAAGGAGACAAAGGUCAAGGCUGCAUAUCAAUUCAAGGACCACCUGGCCCUAUGGGUCUGAAAGGUGACAAAGGUGAAAAGGGUGAAAGUAGUCCUGGAGAAGUAGUUGGACCACCAAUUACAACAACCGGCCCCAAAGGUGACAGGGGUUAUCCAGGUGAAAAGGGUGACGUCGGUCCAAAAGGAGAACAAGGUGAACUUGGAGCACCAGGCUUUCCUGGCGACAGAGGCCCACAAGGAGAGAAAGGUCUUCCAGGUCAACCUGGUCCUAGAGGACGAGAUGGAAAUUACGGACCUACAGGACCUCCUGGGCAGAAAGGUGAUCGAGGUAAUGAAGGUCUAAGAGGUUUGGAUGGAAAGCCUGGACAAAAGGGUGAGCCUGGAGAAUCAGGUCUACAAGGUGUGCCCGGUAUGGUGGGACCGCCUGGUCCACCAGGUGGUGGUAGAGGUUCUCCAGGACCACCAGGCCCUGCUGGUCCACGAGGAUACAGGGGAUUACCUGGACCAAAAGGAUUAGACGGUCUGAAAGGUGAACAAGGGCCACGUGGUGUACCUGGUGCCAAAGGAGGACCAGGUAUCCCAGGACGUGUAGGCAUGGAAGGUUUAGCUGGAGAGAAAGGUCAAAAGGGAGAAGGUGGAAUAAUUGGAAUGCCAGGUGUUCAAGGUCCCAGAGGAUUUAUCGGACCUCCAGGUGCAGAUGGAUUGAGAGGACCAUCAGGAGAGCCUGGUAUUGGACAAUUAGGUCCUAAGGGAGAUGACGGAGUCCCAGGAUACCCUGGACCAAAAGGACAGAAAGGAGAACGUGGCUAUCCUGGUCUAACAGGUGUUCCAGGUGAUUCUGAACAAGGUAAACCAGGUAUUCCUGGAAUGCCAGGUCGUCCGGGUGACAAAGGAGAAAGUGGUCGUCCAGGAAUACCUGGUGCCAAGGGCGAGCGCGGAGAUAAGGGUGAGAUUGGUGGUAGAUGCUUCGACUGUUUACCUGGUUUACCUGGUGAGAAAGGUGAUAGAGGUUUCGAUGGACUUAGAGGUCCUCCAGGAUUUGAUGGAACUCCAGGUGAAAAAGGUCACCAAGGUGAAAGAGGAUUGGACGGUUUGCCUGGUGUACCCGGAGAUCCAGGUUCGCCAGGUCGGCCAGGCUUACCCGGUGCCCCUGGACCAAGUGGAGAAAAAGGCGAAAAUGCCUUAGUACCAUCGAAUAUGCUCAAAGGACAGAAGGGUGACAAGGGUGACAGAGGAUUUCCAGGUAGGCCUGGACCUGCAGGUUUGGAUGGACUUCGAGGGUUCCCCGGAUUGGAUGGACCUAAAGGAGAGGCAGGACUGAAGGGUGAUAGGGGUAUGCCAGGUCUUCCAGGCGUUGAUGGUUCUCCAGGAAGUCCAGGAAGAGAUGGAUUGCCCGGAAUUAAAGGAUUAAGCAUCAAGGGAGAGCCAGGCUACAGUGGUCGAGAUGGUCCAAAGGGUGACAAAGGUGAAGCUGGUUAUCGAGGAGAAAAGGGUAAUCCUGGAGUAUGCCCACCACUUGACUACAGCAGAGGCUUCAAAGGCGCCAAAGGAGAUAAGGGACACAAAGGAGAACCCGGAGCCAUGGGUCUUGAUGGUAUACCAGGAGAACCAGGUUUGCAAGGACUACCAGGAUUAAAAGGUAAUACCGGACCUUUCGGACCACCAGGACCAGUUGGUCCUCGAGGUUUGCCAGGUCCACGAGGUGAGAAGGGCUUAACAGGGCAAAUUGGUUUCCCUGGACAACCUGGGAGAGAUGGUCUUCGCGGUAUACCUGGAUUAUUGGGAUCAAAGGGACAGAAGGGUGAAACAGGUGCAUCAGUUGUAGGACCACCUGGACCAAAGGGUAAUCCAGGACCGUGGGGUCAGAAGGGAGAUCGCGGUCCUACUGGUGAAAGAGGAUUAGACGGAUUAACUGGACAAGUUGGAUAUCCCGGAGACAAGGGCGAAGCUGGUCUUCCUGGUACUCCAGGUCCACCAGGUUUCAUUGGACCAAAAGGUGAGCCUGGACCCGAGGGACCACAAGGAUUACCUGGACCUCCUGGACGACCUGGUAUGGAUGGUAUUAAAGGAGAACCAGGUAUGAAAGGAGAGACUGGUACUCCUGGACUUAUUGGUAUGCCAGGACUAAAGGGAGACCGAGGAGUGCCUGGAAUUGAAGGACAAAAAGGCUUCCAAGGGCCAAAAGGUUCACCAGGGUUGAGAGGCAUGCCUGGACAACCAGGUCUUCCAGGACUGAAAGGAGAUAAAGGUGAACUUGGCUUGCCUGGUCUUGAAGGUGUUCCAGGAGCCCCUGGCCUGCCUGGUCCAAUUGGACCACCUGGACAGAAAGGAGAUAUGGGACCAGUAGGUCUAACUGGAUUGGAUGGUCUUCCUGGACGAGAUGGUGAGAAAGGAGAUGCAGGAUUCACAGGACCAGUGGGACCUAAAGGAGAACCUGGAUCGGUAUCUGAAAAGGGGCAGAAAGGUGAACCCGGACCACCAGGCUUGAGAGGUGUCGACGGCAGAGAUGGCUUCCCUGGUGUUCCAGGUGCAAAGGGUGACGCCGGUAUUCCAGGCUAUGGCCGCCCAGGUCUCAAAGGAGAUAAGGGUGAUCAAGGUCUAAGUGGGCGAGAUGGUUUGCCUGGAAUGCAGGGUGAGAAGGGUGAUCAAGGCUUUUCGGGAAUACGUGGUCUAAAAGGUGACAAAGGAAACAUGGGACCACCAGGAAUACCUGGAACACCCGGUAUUGAUGGUUUACCUGGUCAAGAUGGUCUGCCUGGUCCACCAGGUUACACUGGUGAGAAGGGUAACAAGGGUGAACGAGGUCUGCCAGGAUUUACUGGUGAGAAGGGAGACAAGGGUGUCUUUGGUGUACCUGGACGUGAUGGUGCAAUGGGUGUAAAAGGUGACCGAGGUUUAACUGGAGAACCUGGAGCUCCGGGACCUUCAAUUGAAAUCAAAGGACAGAAAGGUGAAAUUGGUGAAUAUGGCCUUGUAGGAUUACCAGGAGAGAGAGGACUGCCCGGUUUGCGUGGUGACCAAGGUUUUGAAGGGCUUAAGGGUGAUCGUGGUCUCACAGGACCUUCAGGCUUGCCCGGAAUGGAAGGCAGACCGGGAGAGAAGGGUGAUAGGGGUCUUCCUGGAGAAGUCGGUGAGCCUGGACCAGUAGUAAAGGGAGAAAAGGGUCUUCCUGGACUGCCAGGUAAAAAUGGACGAGACGGUUUACCUGGCCAACCUGGUGAAAAGGGAGACAAGGGAUUCCCUGGCUUGAUUGGUCCUCAGGGUGCGCGUGGUAUGCCCGGACUGCAAGGACGGCAAGGAGAGAAGGGUGAUAGAGGACUUACUGGUGCACCUGGACGCGAUGGCAUUGACGGUGCUCCUGGACUUCUGGGUCCGAAGGGUGAUCCUGGUUUCCCAGGCCCUAAGGGUAAUAUGGGUAUGCCUGGUGGCCCAGGGCUACCUGGUGAAAAGGGUGACAGAGGACCACAGGGUAUGCCUGGUCUCAAUGGUUUCGAUGGUAUCAAGGGAGAUCGAGGGUUCCCUGGACCUGAAGGACCCAUGGGUCUCGUUGGUAUGCCUGGUGAGAAGGGUCUGCCUGGUCAACGUGGUCUCAAUGGUCGAGAUGGUUUGCCAGGACUGAAGGGAGACAAGGGAGAACCAGGACUGGUUCCUCCACCAGGUCCUAAAGGAAAUCCAGGUAGACCUGGUAGAGAUGGUGAGAAAGGAGAUCGAGGACCUCCUGGACCACAAGGUAUUCAGGGACUACAAGGCGAACGCGGAGAGAAAGGUGAUCAAGGCUUCCCAGGUUUAUCUGGACCUCAAGGCUUACAAGGACUUCGUGGUGAAAUUGGUGUUGCUGGACCACCAGGUUUAGAUGGUCGACCUGGAUCACCUGGACCAAAAGGUGAUCCAGGAUUGGCCUGUACUCAUGCUCCAGACUACCUAUCAGGUAUCUUGCUUGUGAAGCACAGUCAAUCGGAGGAGAUACCUCAAUGUGAAGCUGGGCAUGUUAAACUAUGGGAGGGAUACUCACUGCUCUAUGUGGAUGGAAAUGACUAUCCACACAAUCAAGACCUAGGAUCUCCGGGAUCAUGUGUUAGGAAAUUCUCUACACUGCCAGUGAUCACGUGCUCAAACAACAAUGUCUGCAAUUAUGCCUCACGCAAUGAUCGAAGCUUCUGGCUGUCUACAACAGCUCCUGUACCCAUGAUGCCCGUUGUAGAGGAAGACAUGAGACAAUACAUCUCACGAUGCGUUGUCUGCGAGGUUCCAUCCAACGUUAUCGCCGUGCACAGUCAAACCCUAGAUAUUCCUCUCUGCCCAGCAGGAUGGGAGGGUCUCUGGAUUGGCUACAGUUUCCUGAUGCACACUGGCGUUGGUAAUGGAGGAGGAGGUCAAGCCCUAUCGGGUCCUGGAUCCUGCCUUCAGGACUUCCGAACAACACCUUUCAUCGAGUGCAACGGUGGAAAGGGUCACUGCCACUACUACGACACACAGACCAGCUUCUGGCUCGUCACCGUCGACGAUCAGCAGCAAUUUACGCGACCGCAGCAAGAUACCCUCAAGGCGGGUCGACUGCUAACGCGUGUUUCGCGAUGCCAAGUGUGUAUAAGAAACUAAUUUUUUUUUGUAUAGAAUCCUCAAUGGACGUUAAUGCCGUAAAUUUACAAUUUUUUUACCACGUUCUUGCCUUUCAUAUUGCAAUAAGGCGCAUUUAUACCAAAAAAUCAAAGAUGAAUGUAAGAGAUAACAGAAACUUUGCAAUUUCCAUCGUCUAAUUAGUUAUGAUUAUUUUUUUUUAAUUGCUUCAAAUGUUAUUUGUUCUUAUUACCUUUUUUACUGUAAUAUUUUUCUCGAUUCAAAUGGUUUUGUAAAAGUAUGUAAAAAAUAAAUAAUAAAGUUAACAACUGUUUUGUAAAUUAGAAGAAUGAACAGCUAAAAACCUCUUAAAUAUUCAAAAAAAAAUUAAAUAAAAAUAACUACAACGUAUUCACAAAUCUUUACAAACUUUUACAAAGUCCUUAUUAUCGAGGUUGCUAUGUAAUUUUCACACUUUCUUCCAAUUCUUUUAUUUCUUUGGUCAAAUUUGAAAAAAAAACUAAUUUAGUCACAUUUAAUAGUUUUGAUGUUAAACUUAUCGAAUUUUUACCAUAAAAAAUCCGCGCUUCUUUUAUCCACUGAUAAUGUUUCGUAACCGAGAUUUUAUAUUCAAAUCACAGCUCUAUAAAUCCGUUUUUGUUUUAAUCUAAAUAAAUAUUAAAAAAAAAUUGUCUUUUUGUUAUGAAGAAAAUAAAAGAAUGAAUGUCACAAACCUUAUAAUAAUAAUAAUGUGAUAUGUUAUUAAAAACAAAAAAUCUUAAUUAUACUAUAUAAACUGCCCUGUCUUGAAAUUAAACAAAAAAAAUAACUUUAAAAGCAAUUGUGUUCGCUGUUAAAAUUUUAAAAAGUGCCAUUUAAUAGGAAGAAAAAAAUGCAUUGAAAAGAUCGUGUUCAGUUAUCCAAUUUUUCUUCAUUCGAUGUUUCUCUAUAUAUUUUUUUUAAAGUAAUUUAUACCUUAAAUAGAAGUCCAAAACAUAUUUUUUGUUUUUGAGAAAUAAAAAAAAUGCACAGCAGAUGAAGAAAAGGAAAUAACUUUCAAUAAUACUGCCUAAUAAAAUGAAAAUAUUUCGAACGAAAUGUAAUGUAUGUAAUAUCAAUAAAACAAUUGUAUUAAAAAUACA